AUGGCCCCCUCGAGGAAAGAGCUCUCCGGAGGCUUCAUAACUUGCAAACCGCCACACCGCCCCUAUGGAUGGCGAGGACGAGACUGGCGCGCAUCCUCACCAGUAGCGGCCAUGACUAGCUCAGCACCGGAGGUCUCGGACACUGAUUCGGGCCUGCGAGAUCGUGUUUUCGGCAUCAUCGAAGAUGCACUCUUUGAGCUCCCACAAGACUAUACACUAGCCCUAGUUGCAGUUCUGCGAGAGCUAGAUACUGUUCCAGGAGUCGAUGACACCGGCAGCCCGCUUUGGAAAGGGGUCAAGCCUUUUGGGCACUCCUGGUCCGACUCUUGGAAGCAAUCGCACUGGCGUGAGGCGUUGGAAACAAGAGACCCUCGAAUAAGAGACAAGAGGCGCGCGGCGCAUGUACAUCGCGCUUUUGUCGAGGCCACCUGCGCAAUGGCAGGCACGGGGCUCAACCCGCAAGCCCCAGAUACCGCGGAAGACGGUGUUCUCCCGCUUAGCUGGGGAUAUGAAUGCUUGUCAGAUGCGCUUGAGCAGCAAGAAGGCGUGGUAUGGGAUUUUGAAGUUCCUGCGUCCGCUGCCUGGAUCCGUGUUGCCGGAAGAAGAAUCGUCGAGGGCGCCACGAGCAAAGAAACAAGCUGGGCUUUGGAAAGAGAGGGCAGGCUAUGGCCGCCUGGCCCGAUGAGCAUCGAUCGAUGGCAUUUUUGGCUAAAGAGGCUGGAUGGAGCGAAAAAGUUUGGCGGCGAUACGUGCAGGGCUGCCGAAAAUGCUCUUGCUUGUGCAAGAGAGAUGACUCUGGCGGAGUGA